CACCAUGAAUAUUAUGAAAAAGUUCUGGGGGAGCAGUGGCUCCCACCCAGAAGAUGCUGUUAUGAGCCAGCAGAUUGCACUGAGCCUUACACACCUGAAGAAACUGUAUGGCGAAUAUGUGCGCCCACCCCAGCCACUAACUGAGGCUGAGCGGGAGCUCAAGCUGUACAGCAUGCUGCCACUAUUCUGCAAGGUGUUCGCGGGCGCCUCCGGGCAGGAGAUCGCCGACCGCUUCCCGCAGUGUAUCCAGCUGAGUGAGUUCACCACCAAGCUGAUGGUGGCGGAGAUCCGGCGGCGUGCCUUCAACGAGAACACAGCACUGGCCAGCUGCGAGAUCAUCAGCUACCUGGAGCUGGGCGGCGCCGAGGAGACUUCCAGUGGCUGGACGCUGCUCAACACGCUCACCCUGCUGAGCUCGGCCGGACCCUCCGUCGUUCAGGCGAUGGUGGCCGCCGCCCUGCCGUCACGCUGGUCAAGUGUCUGUACCUGUUCUUCGACCUGCCCGAGCUGGGCACGGACGUGGCCGCCGGCACCGAGCUGA